AUCUUUCCUUUAUUUAACUUCUAUGAUAGGAGAGAAAUGAAAACUGAUUCAUCCAGUUUAUCUUUGAUGGUGUUCCAAGUGGAUAAAUAUAACAAUAUCUAAUAGAAACAUCCAUUUAUAUUUUAGGCUGGACCUGGAUAAAGAGUUUAGGGCGAGGCUUCAUUUAUUAGCAAGACACCCAUAACAAUUGCUUCAUUCGCGUCAGACCCACUGGGAAACUUGAUCAUUCCGGCUUGUAAAAAUGGAGCGCUUGUCUGGAGCAAACACGCAGUUCUCUCUCAACCUGUUCAAGAAGAUCAGCGAAGGAAACGCCUCAAAAAAUGUGUUCUACUCUCCGAUCAGCAUCUCCUCGGCUCUGGCCAUGGUGUCUCUCGGAGCUAAAGGAAACACGGCGGCGCAGAUGUUUAAGGUUUUGGGCUUUACCAGUCCUACCGAACCCAGCGCCGCGACUCCAGGGUCUCAUCAACAAGCCCAGAAGCCCCAGAUGCUCUGCGGUGUCAAGGAUCAGCAUGAACCAUCAGUGACACAACAAACACAGAAGUUUGAGAUACCUCCUCAACUCAAGAAAUGUCCUACUCAAGCAGUACAAACUGAGGAGCAAAUUCAUUCCAGUUUCAAUAAACUCACGAGUGAACUGAACAAACCAGGAGCCCCGUAUGUGUUGAGUCUCGCCAACCGCCUCUACGGAGAGCAAUCCUACCAGUUUGUGGAGAAAUUCCUUAAUGAUGCAAAAAGAUACUACGAUGCCGGACUGGAGGAGGUGGACUUCAAGAAGAAAUCAGAGGCUGCACGUGUGGACAUCAACAAAUGGGUGGAGAAAAAAACACAAGAGAAGAUCAAGGACUUGCUUCCACAGGGAUCAAUCGAUUCAAUGACAAAACUGGUCUUGGUGAACGCCAUCUACUUCAAGGGAAACUGGGAGAAGAAAUUCCCAAAGGAAGCCACCAGAGACGGACAGUUCAGGCUGAACAAGACUCAAACUAAACCAGUGAAGAUGAUGCACCAGAAGUCAAAGUUUCCUCUGGCCUUAAUCCCGGAGAUUGACAGCCAGGUUCUGGAGCUGCCGUAUGUCGGGAAGAAUCUCAGUAUGUUGAUCAUACUUCCUAACAAGAUUCAAGACGAAACCACCGGCCUUCAGAAGCUUGAAAAAGCACUGACUUAUGAGAAGCUGAUGGAGUGGACCAAACCCAGCAAGAUGCUUCAACAAGAAGUUCAGGUAUCUCUGCCCAGAUUCAAGAUGGAGGAAACCUACGACAUGAAGAGUCUUCUGAUCAGCAUGGGAAUGGAGGACGUGUUUGACGGGAAGAAGGUCAAUCUUUCAGGCAUGACUCCCAACAAUGAUCUGGUGGUGACCAAGGUGAUCCAUAAAGCCUAUGUUGAAGUAAACGAGGAAGGAACCGAAGCGGCUGCAGCCACCGGCGUCGUCAUCUCAACAAUGUCAAUACCAUUACCCCCCAAAACCUUUACUGCAGAUCAUCCGUUCCUUUUCUUCAUCCGUCAUAAUCCCUCCAACAGCAUUCUGUUUUAUGGACGCUUCUGUUCUCCUUGAAGAUGGGAGAUUAUGAUGCAGUGUUCGUUCUAGUUGCAUGUGCUACUCUGAUAAAUAAAGGCUCUAUUAAACCACUGGGUGUGUAUAAAUACAUAAAUAUUGUGUGUAUAUAUCAUUGAUGAC